GCAGGAAGGAGGGGCAGCACUUCCGGUGCGGGCCGGGGCGGGCGCGGGCAGGUCCAGGGCCGGGGCCGGGCCGACACCGACAGCGAGCAGCGACAGCGCUCCGCUAUGAGCGAGACGCCGCCACGCGCAGUUGAACAUCUCCUGAAGGCCUAUUUUUUUUGUCGGCAAGUGUUGAAGAAUAGAAUCUUAAAUCUGAGAAUAUUCUGAAGGGAGAUCCUGCUGUAGUUGAUGAGUCCUCUUGGAGAGAAGAAACAAACAAAAUUUGCUGGCAUAGCAAUUUAUGGCCUUAGUACAGCUUUCAGAAGAGAGAAAUGAGGUGGCUUGAGAGAGAAAUACAACAGUGGCAAAAGGUUCCAGAAGAUGUUGAGUUCCAUCACAACACUAAAUUUGUAAUGAAAUGGAGUCUGGGUCAAGCUCCUUUCGAGUGGAAUUUCCAGAUUUUUCUAGCACCAUUUUGCAGAAGUUAAAUCAACAGCGCCAGCAAGGACAAUUAUGUGAUGUGUCCAUUGUGGUUCAGGGCCAUCUCUUCAGAGCCCAUAAAGCUGUUCUUGCAGCUAGUUCACCUUACUUCUGUGAUCAGGUUCUCCUGAAAAAUAGCAGGCGAAUAGUCCUGCCUGAUGUGAUGAAUCCCAGAGUAUUUGAAAACAUCCUUCUGUCUACCUAUACCGGCCGACUGGUAAUGCCUGCGCCAGAAAUUGUUAGUUAUCUAACAGCAGCAAGUUUCCUUCAGAUGUGGCAUGUAGUGGAUAAGUGCACUGAAGUGCUUGAGGGAAACCCAACAGUUCUGUGUCAGAAGAUGAAUCAUGGCAGUGACCAUCAGUCCCCAAGCAGCAGUAGCUACAAUGGCCUUGUUGAAACCUUUGAACUUGGCUCUGGAGGACAGACAGAAUUUCACAAAGUGCAGGAACUAAGGGAUGGCGAAAAUGAAGAAGAGAGCUCUAAAGAUGAACUGUCGUGUCAGCUGACAGAACACGAGUAUCUUCCCAGUAAUUCUUCAACAGAACAUGAUAGACUCAGCACUGGAAUGACCAGUCAGGAUGGGGAAGAGGGAACUAGUGAUAGUGCAGAGUACCAGUAUAGCAGACCAAUGUACAGCAAACCCAGCAUCAUGUCUCACAAGCGGUGGAUCCAUGUGAAACCAGAAAGGUUUGAGCAAGACUGUGAAGGUGUUGAUAAUCCUUAUGAUGAACACCAAGUAUCUGAAUCCAUGAAUGCCAUCCAGGCAGAUCACUCAAUCCAGUCUUCAGGUGUUGAAGAUUUUCACAUAGGUGACAAAAAGAUGGAAACAGAAUUUGAUGAACAGGCAGAUGAAAGUAAUUAUGAUGAACAAGUUGACUUCUAUGGCUCAUCUAUGGAAGAAUUUUCUGGUGAAAGGGCAGAUGGAAAUUUAAGUGCUCACAGACAGGACCUUAUGAUGGCAGCAGGCUAUGGUGAAAGCAUUGACAUGGCUGCCGGCAUUAAAGAAGAAACGUCUCUCACUGGAUUCUCCCAUGCCGAUAAGCUCUAUCCGUGUCAGUGUGGAAAAAGCUUUACACACAAAAGUCAGAGAGAUCGGCAUAUGAGCAUGCACCUUGGUCUUCGACCUUAUGGCUGUGGUGUCUGUGGUAAGAAAUUCAAAAUGAAACACCAUCUUGUAGGCCAUAUGAAAAUUCAUACAGGCAUAAAACCGUAUGAAUGUAACAUCUGUGGGAAAAGAUUUAUGUGGCGGGACAGUUUUCAUCGGCAUGUGACCUCUUGUGCUAAGUCCUAUCAGGCUACUAAAACUGAGCAGAGUACUACUGAGAUGAACUAAGACAUUAGUGCUUACAUUUGUUUAGUAGAGUAAGAAAAAUAACCUAAUCAUGCAAAUAAUGUCUGGUACUUGCUAUUGUAAAUUCUCAAAAAAAAAAGUUUUAAUGACUAUGCUAAUAUAAACCCAUCAUAUGUAUUUUGCUUCCUGCAAUAUUACAUCAGUGUGUGAAGUGCUUGUGGUUAAUCUGAAGGGUGCCUACAAAAUGAGGUCUGAGAUUGAUUGUAAUCACAGCAGUAUUUAGAAGCCGUCUUGUAUUUCUAAGCCAUUUAAAUUCACAGUAAAACUCAGAUCUAAAUUGACAAAAAUCCGGAAAAUACUUAGAUGAACCAGGAAUUCAGGUAGCGCUCCUUAUUGGAAAAGAAAACUAAGAUGACCAGACUGGGUUAUAUGAUUCACAUUUAAAUGAAGAAAAAAAAGAUAAUUGCACCUCAAGGUCAAGUCUGCCAACGUACUUACCAUGUAUCAUUGGGUAGUGUGCAUCAUUCAGUAGCUUUUGUUGUAUUGCUUAAUGAAAGGCAGUGCUAAAGGUGGUUUGGCUUUCCUUUAUCCAUCUUAUGUUUUUUUUAAUUUAUCUUCAGUAAAACAAAUGUCUAAUUUUGUGCUGAUUUCUACUUAAUCUGUAAUGCACUUAACAGUUUAUCACUAUAUAGAUUUCAGUAUAUAUUAAGUAUACUUUGUCCUUGCUCUUCUAAGGUCUAAUGUUGUAUGAUUCUUGACUUCAUUAGAUUUUAAUUACUACAUUGUGAGAGCUUCUAGAAGUGUGUGUAAUGUCUUAUUAAAAAAAAAAGAUACCAACAAAAAGUAAGAUGUAACAUUUGGAACUUAGUCAAAAUAAUCAAAUACUUAAAAUGUAAAUUUCUGCUCAAAUUUUUGUGGCUUACUACAGUAGCAAGUACCAAACUCUGGAUUCAUGAACUGACUUGUUAUUGGUACAAAAUCUUCUUUGAGAACUUUUAUUUAGUUUUAGAAACCUGCUUUAGGAAAAUGACAUAGUCUUUGAAAGGUAUUUAUACUUUUAAUUCUUUACUAUUUGAAUAGUAAGACCUAUAAUACAGAUUCUUGGUACUGAACUGCUGUGACUGGUGAUUACAAUCAGAGUUGUUUACUUCCUCAAAUGAAAUUGUUUGUGGAAAAAAGUAGGAAGUAUGUGAUUUGGAUCUUCUAAUGGUACUGUAGAACAUGGUACCAUGCUUAUGUCUGAAGUUGGGAUUUUGCUGGGAAAAUGACACUUGUUCUUUGUUGGGAUGAGGAUCUAUGUGUGGGGCUCUCAUUCAUGGAGAUAGAGUGUGUAGUUCUAAGGGAUCCUGUCAGCUCUGCAGAUUGACUAAAGGCAUCAGUUGUAAAGGUGAAAACAGAAUUUUGGGGUUGAAAGCUUAAUGCAAUCCAAUGCAAAAGCAUUUCUUAGUAAGCAAAAGCUUCUUAGUCGCUUACUGAAAUAUGAAAAAGAAAGAGCCUUUAGAACAUACAUAGAAUAUAAUAGAAAGGUGAUAUCCAAGUACAGUGCUGUUCACAUGGGGAAAAAGCUAACCAGCAUUAAAGACCUAAGCCUGUCUGGCCCUAAUUUCUGUAUUAGGCACUGCUGUGUGCAGGAUAAUGUACUGGAACAGAUGAUCCUGUAUGGUGAAGCAAAACUACACAAAGAUUAUUACACUUCAUAUUCUUUUUUGAACUCCCAGUUAAAAAUUGUCUUAAGAUACAACUGAACUGUGUCCUGAAAAUGAAUGUCUGCUGCAAGCUGAAGUUUUUCUACUCAGUGCGCUGUAAUUACUGUAAUUUCUUUACUGGCGUUCUACUUACAAAACCCCUUUUUUUUUUUUUUUUUUUUUAAGAGGCUCUUAAUUAUUAAUCUUCUAAUACUUCAAAUAUUUUUUCAUAUGGAAUUUUGUUAAGGCAGAUGUUCCCAAGUACAAUGAACCCAUUGCUGGCAAUGGGCACAAAUGAUCAGCACCACGACAUUCCUGUUCUUAGCACUAAUUAAACUCUACAAAUACCAUGGUUUCCAUGGUUAAUCUUUGUGAUCGAGGUACUGAAACAGGGAUUUUGCUCACUAACACUGUAACCUGCUUAAUGUAUAGAAGCACUUUGUAUUUAAACAAAACAAAGCAAAAAAAAAAAACCAAAAAACCACAAAAACCAAAACAAACAAAAAACCCCCCAAUAAUAAAAAACAAACCAUAAAACUUUAUAAGUAUGUUUUUUAAACUCAGAAAUUAUAUUCCCUCUGUGGUUUGUUUACACACUGCUAACACUGUCCUUUUUAAUACUUAAAAAUACUAUAAUGCUUGCCUGUUUACAUGAGAGUAGAGGAAAGGGUUCUUGCACUUGGUGGCCCUAUUUUUCCAUUCUCCAAGGCCUUACCACAUACAUGGUGUCAUUUCUGCAAGUACCAUGGUCACAUUUGAAGGAAGGCAUUAGAAUCAUAGAAUGAAUUGGGUUGGAAGGAGACUUUGAAGGUUAUCUGUUUCCAAGCCCCCUCCCAUAGGCAUGGACACUUUCAACUUUUCAGGUUGCUCAGAACCCCAUCCAGCCUGGCCUUGAACAUGUCCAGGGUCUUUAUUCUCAUACUCGUGUCAAGAAUGAUCUUGUAUGUUACAUUAAUUCUCAGCCCCUUUCCAAUUAUCAUUUUAGUUUUGCAUAAAAAGGAUAAUGGUGCCUCUUCCCAUUUAACCUUAAAAAAGGCUGGACAGAAACACCAGUCUGAAAACUGUGGUCAUUAAAAAAAAAAUAUGUCAAACUCAGACCAUCCUACAGAGCUGCCAGCUGUUUCUUUUACCAGCUUGGAAUGACUUUUAUAUGGGAUAUUUCAAGGUUUAACAUUACUUCUAUUUGCAGUUAGAUUACUUUGAAAUAAAGCUUUAAAAUCAAAUGUACUGCGAGAGACACUUUAAAGAUUUUAUAACAGGUUCAGUAGAUCAUAUAAUAGAACCAUGUCCUUUUCUUAAUGAUUUAGCAUGAACUGUAACUCUUUAGUAUUUGCCUCUUGCUGUUUUACCCCAUAUUAUGGCAUUGUCUUGAAAGUCCAACAAAUAUUGCUCUACUGAUUUUGUAACACUUGGCUUUCUACUUUUAAUUUACAUGAAACUAAUUGAUUGCAGGAAAAUACUGAUCUGAUUGUCAUGAGAUCAAGUUGAGAGGAUUGAUGAUUUAAGGACAGCUUGAGAUAUGUCUAAAAUCCUUACUUUUGCAUGUCACAGGUGAAACAGUUGUCUUGUGGUGUUUUUUGUGAACUCAAUUUAUUGCCCUUUGUCAAACUUCUAAUUACCAUUCUAAUUACCAUCAGGUACUGGGGGGAGAAAGAUGAAAAAUUACUUAAACCAUCUUCUUCAUGUUCAGCUUAAGUCUAUUACCUCGUCUCCCUGCCUUUGUAGUCUCAGUUUCCCUUGCUUUCACCUUUAGUAAGGUAACAGAGGGUUGGGGUCACACAGGAGGUUGGGGUCACAUGCGCACCUCCUUGUCUGAUGCUUUUCAUUUCUUAGUGGGUGUCCUCUGGUGCUCUGGACUGGUGUCACUAUUGGUGGUGAUACUGGGCCACAGUCCCUUCAGGGACGUGUCUGUUCUAGCUCAGUACUUCUGUGGAACUCAUUUAUUCCAGAGGUGUACCUGCUCUGGCAGGGCUCAGCUGUAGGCCAGAGUCCUCUUGGAAGCGCAUCUCCUCAGGCAGGGAGUGUAUCCUUCUGUGAGUAUGUCCGUACAUGUUCUCAGUGGCUUCUUCAGGUGUUCUCCUGAGAGCAGCUCUUCAGUUUCUCCACAGGUUCCCAGGAGCAUCUUCUCCAUGUGUUUCCCUGCACCUCCUGCUAGAGCUGCCACUCUCCCUUAGGUGUGUUAAAGCAGAAGCAUUAUGUGCCACUCUGGUUGAGAUUUUGGCUCGCAGUGGAUUGUUCACAUCCAUUUUUGUGCAGCCUGAACUUCUUUUGACUAGCACAGGGCAGCUCAUAGUCUCUAGCCACGUGUCACCCCUGCAGUCCCUGCCCCUGGUGGCCAAUGCAGUUGAAUGUAGCAAGCCAAGAUACACAUGCAGCUUCUGUCAAGCUUCUGAUCUUUGCUAAUGGAGUGGUCUUGUUCAAGGUACGAAAAAUUAUUUCUUGUUUGUGGGGAGGAGGGAAGCAAUCCAUAUAUAUAUGUAUAUAUAGAAUAUGAAUGCAUAUGUAUAUGAUGAAUUUCGUUAAUCUUCCCGUAUGCUUCAUUACUUUUGAUGAUGUGGCUUGUUUGCUGUAGUAAAGUGAGUGUCUUCUGAAAACCAGCAAUAUUGUACACCCAGGUGGCGCUUUGACUUUCCUGCUGCUUUGAAGCCAUUCAUUGUCCUAGCAGUGGUAAGAAGACUUAAUGAUACUACAGCUAAAUUUCUUUUCAUUCCAUUUUGUAACUAUGUUGUUAAUUACAUAGAAUUUGUGUAACUGCCAUUCUGAAAAAUUCAACUGGUUAGCAGGGCUAAAGUCUGCUUAGGUGUAUAUCGGGCCCUUUUGAGGGAGAAGGUUCCUUUUUCACACAUCAGUGUUGGUUUGCGGGGUGUUUUUUUGUUGUUUGAUUUUUUUUUAAACUUUCCUUGUUAGUUUUAUGGGUGAGCAGAUAGACCCUAGAAAGUAUUGUCAGUACAGUUUGUGAUCACAGCUUUUUUCAUGAGGUGUGUCUGAGGUUGGGAAACCACAUGUAUCAUAAGCAAGGCAUGUUUCAAAGGCUGAUUAUUGAGUGUUCCAGUAUUAUUGAUCCUGAAAGAAUGGAGGCACAUCAGGAUUUGUAAUCUCAAUUCUCUUGCCUGGGUGCCAGCAAGGUGACCUGUCUGAAGUAUGAGAGCCUACAGCAGUACAUGGAGAGUUUUGGUGUAACAGGAUUAGGACCUUUCUCAAAGCAACAAAGGAAAGUUAGUUUUUUGUCUUUAAAAUACUUCAUUGGAUAGCUUGGCUUCUUUAGCUAUUAGCUGUAAACUGUCAGUGGCCUAGAGGAAGACGCUGGAAAAGAAAAUGGUAUAUUUUUAAUGUGAUUAAAUUGCAAGUUCUGAUUUUUGCUUGAAGCCUGUGUCUGUCGGUUGCUGCUCCUUUUUUUUUUUUUUUUUUUUUUUUUAUUCAUGGGAUUCCAUAUUUCUUUCAGAAAUGUAACUGUUUAUGCAAGUCAAGUGAAUCUUCCUUAAUGAGCUAUAAGUUUUUAUUCUAAAUGAGUCAUUUAUAAUAGUAAAUUUGCAUAUCUUGAUAUUUUGUGAGAUGUUAUGCCUGUAUUGCAGAGGUUGGAUAGUUUUGUCUAUAAAUAUUGCUGUCCUAAUUGUACAGCAUGGUUUUAAUUUAAUGUUACUGUUCAAUAUUUUCUUCUUAUAGAAGAGUCCCAUGCCCCUUUUUUUCUAUAACAUGUUUUAAUAAAUGUUAUCUGUCAACUUUGUAAAUGUUUUCUUAAGCUUGAAUGAAAGGAAUGCAUGUCUAGUACUAGUAUUUAAUAUUUCACUUUGCCAAAAUAAGUGCUCAAACAAAAGUACAAAUCCAAAAGUUGUUGAUAUAUAACUUUAUUAAAUAUAUAAAAAAGUG